CGUGACAAUAGGAUAGGUUUCGAAAUGACGGGACGAACUAUUUUGCGAGGCUUUAGAAAACGACUCUGUGAAAAUUAACUUCCAAUUGUGGCGGUGUGCAGCAACCGCUGCAAUCAGUAGCAUGGCUCAAAAACAGCGCGCUUGCCUUCGGCUGCGCUCGGCUGCGGCCUCGAAAGCCGCCAAUGGCAUGGACUGGAAUCGGGGAGAGGUAGAGUAGAGCAGGGCAGGGCCGGGCCGGGGAAUCAACCAGCAGGUGGCUUGCGGUGGAUUGUGUUUGGUUGUGUUUUGUGUGCCUCGGACUGCACUGCAUGCUUUGUGGGCUGUGGUGAACGGCCCGCUGCUGCUACAUGUUUUGUAAUGAAAACCUGAUUGAAGGUCUGGUGAAAUGUUGCGGGUGAUUAAAUGGUUUUACAAAAUUUGGACCAGUUGAAAGGAUGCAGUGUGAAAUUCGUGGGAUGAGAGAAAUGGCUGAAGGGGCCAGGACAACAGACACGUUGCCGAAACCUGGCCGUGUGACCGAAGUGUGCCGUGAAUGGCUUGUGAAAGAGGAUGGAGCACUGGCGUACCGUUUGCAGAGCGAAGAAAUUCAGCAGCAUUUAACUGGAAACAAAUCACGAAAUGCGCAAGUUAGAGAAGAUUUCCCCCAAGCUUUACAUGAGCAGCAGAAAGAAGAGGAGGAAGCUGCAGCUCUACAAGAAAUGUAUUCUCGUAUUUUACGCGAACAAGAAGAAAUUGAUGCUCAUGUAGCAUCCCAACUUGCCCAUCGCCUGGACAUAGAAGAGCGAGAAAAGCAGCUAAUGAUUGAAGAAAGAGACAAAGAAAUAGCUAAACGUCUACAGCCUUCAAAGGAGGAAAGUAACUUGGAGGAUCGUGAAAGGAUGAAAUUAGAGAAGAUAACUAGGCAAGCAUCUGAACAAUCAGCUACACACACUUCCCAGGAGCAAUUGCCGCAGUAUAAUCCUGACAUGAAUAGUGUGGGUCUCCCCCUGCCUUGUGAAUAUAGCCAACCUUUUGUCCGAGCAGGUUCUCUUAGCCCGCAAAUGAGGUCAUAUAAUUUGAAUGAUAGGAGAACAGUUACUAAUGUUCUUCAAAAUGCAGAUGAGGUAUAUGCUCUUCCUGUUGAUGAACCUUCAAGUGUUAUAAGUGAAGAAGAAGCUCGAAGGAUACAAGAAGAAAAGGAUGCAGAAUAUGCUCGAAUGCUUCAAGAACAAGAGGGAACUGCUGAGCUGUCUAUGUUAGAUCAAGAUAGACUGAUAGCAAUAGAGGCUCAAGAUAAGGAGCUUGCGAGGUUGCUGCAAGAGAAAGAGCGAGCAAAGGCAAAACGUGCUAGGGAAAGAGCAAAGCAAAAGGCUUUGCUGCGGAAGCAACAGCAACAACAGCUCCAGCAUUCAGAGAUUCUUUCUGAUGAUGAGGGGUUUGCUGCCUCACCUCCUGCACUGCCUUCUCCAUACUCUGGAGACAAAUGGGUUGAACAUGAACCCCUACAUCAACCAGUGAUUGGGCCCAGCUCAUCAGCUGUACGACCCACAGAACUGGAUUUGUCCAAUCCUCGAGCAAUGCGAACUAAACCAAAGUAUGUUGACCCCGAAGCCAUUGAAGUUUUGUCAUCCACUUCUCUUGAACCAGGACCUUCUCAUGCCGUACCUAAUAUUGCAAUGGCGAUCGAUCCCACAUAUCCUCGCCGAGCAGCUUCUCAGGUCUCGGAUACCCCGUUAAGCAAUAUAUCAAGUCCAGCAAUUUCUCUGCCUCCUCCAGAUUUUGAACCGGAUGAUGGUCCUGUUCCUCCAUACAUGCCCAUUCAAGGCCAGAGAAGAUCUGCAUCCUUAGAGAAAAAGACCAAAAAAGGUAAAAGUAAGAGAGAAGGCAAAGAUUCAUGUAAACAGCAGUGAAGACACUAUAGCUUAUCCCUAUUAUUCGAGAGCUAUGUUCGUAUUUGUAUUAUGUGAGUUUUAUUUAUUUUUGAAGCAAUAUCUAACUAGCUGCUUUACCCUUCAGCUUCAUUAUGUAGUGAGCAAUAUUAGACAUAUAUUUUGUAAUCCAUAUUAAAGUUGGUUGUGGUACACCAGCUGGUUAGAUAAGUCAAAUCUGUGUUCAUAAUGUGGCAGCUACUGGGUAACAAUCUUCUUGCAGUUCAUAUAUCAAUACAAGUGGAAGUUCAUUGAAAAAUAUUAUUUAUCUACUCACAUGUACUCUUCAAGUCUUAAGGAAAUGAAGGAACUGCUUUGAGCCUAAGUGCAUAUCAAUUUUGAAGCUCGUUUAUGUUCUAUUCCAUCUUCUUUAGCAAGACAAGCAGCUUCACUUGAGUAACUUGGUUCUGUGUUGUGCAUAUCUGAACACAUGAGCUAUAUGCACUGUACUAUACUGUUGCUCAAUCAGGCCGUAAAACUUGUAUUUUCCUCUAUUCCACUGAAUGUGAACUGUAUUAAGGAAUCUCGUCCAUUAAUUUGUAUAUUAUAGUGUUAGCUAUAGAAUAUCAGUAUUUUAUUACAAAGAUAUUUUAAAUAUAGCCCAGUGUUUUGGAUGUUGGUUGACUGGUUUUGGGCAUUUUGUGUAGACAAUACUUGCUCGGUGGAGGUCCUUGCAGCUGUUUCAUGACCACUGGUUCCCAAAGUUCCCAAAGGGAAAGAAGUGAAUAAGCAUUUACUGGUCCAUCAAGUAUCUGGCAAGUAAAUAACAAAAGUUCUUGGUUGUUGCCUCCAAGGUUGCUAAAGGUGGAUUGAUAGAUGGUGGUGGCCAGCAAGAAUUGGAAUUAGUACACCAGAGAAAGCUGGUGAUGGCAGACAUUUUUGCCUCAUGGAAAUAUAUAGUUUGUCUAGUUAGUCCACAUAAUAGUUAAUCAAAUCAGGUACUUAAUUUAAACAUAAAAGUUAAAGUAUAAAUAACUGCUGCAAAGAUAGUUUAAUCUCUGUUCAACACACCCAUUUAUGUCCAGUGUCCUCAUUUCAGAACACUCAUAGCUGGUCAAUUCAAUUUUGCUUUUUGCAAUAAUUUAUGAAUUACAUUUUUCAAAGUCAUGGACAUUCUAAACAAAACAUAAGCAAUAUUUUUCAUUUCUGAUUACCAGAAGAUUUAGCAGAGAUCAUGAAAGCAUUGUUCACUCCUGGCCAGGGUGUAUUAAUGUCUUGCAUUCAUUUGGAUCUUCAUCUAGAACUGGUGUAAAGCAAAUUGUGGUUGGUCUGCAGCUAAGUUUCAAGAGUUUUACUCCAUUUUAUAGAAAAAAAUGCUCAUGUAACCAGCUGCUGAUUCUUUGGAGCACUCUUACAAUAUAAUUUAGCAAAGUAACAUUGGAUAACAGAAGUUGCAGAAAUGUGCAACCAGAGAGCUCCAGCAAUGUCAAUGGAUGCAAUGACUAUGGCCGAGUGGUAUGCGCACAAAAUUAAUUUGGGCGUUAAUGGGUUAAAAUGAAUUACAUAUCUUCAUGGGGCUGGAAAAGUUUCUUCAGUUGUAGGAAAAGAGGAGGGAGGAGUCAAGUCGCUCAGACAUGUCACUCAGUACUGUCUUUUAGUUUUGGUGACAUUAGUAGUUCCUUUAUACAUUUGCAUGAUUGGCUGACAUUACUGCCACCGUUUGUCAUGAAACCUUUAAGGUACUAUUGCUUUCAAAAGUUUUUCUUUUAUGAAAACAUGGAUCAGUAAAAUCAAGAAGAUGGGUGUAUAUUCCCUCCAUUUGCCAAUGCACAUUUUGCUUGGCAAGAAAACUGGUAUAUUAAAUACAUAUGGUAUGCUGAUAUGAAAUAUAACUGGAAUGAAACUUCUAGCAAUUUAUGCCAUAGAAUUCCUGUAAGGAUCAUACUUGUUGGACUUCAAUGUAUUCUAUAUUUCAGGACAAGGCUUAAUUAACAAUUUUUCAUACAUUGAGAAUUUUUUUCUAUUAUGAGUAUGGACAAGCCUCAACUGCACAUGCUUCAAAACCCGUCUUUGCGACCGAUUUUUAUUAUUGGCAAUUUUGACCCUUGCGUAGCGGUGAGAAUUUGAGCAAAUUUCAAAAGUGUAACGUUCUGCCAAGAUCAUGGAAAUAAUCAAAAUUGUUCAUCAAAUUAUGAUAUUUCUUACUUUUUAAUGGUUUUGAUCUGGAAAUAGUCUGAAGGUUUAUAUUCUUAGAAGAAAAAGAUUAAAGACUGGAAAUGUAUUAAAAGAUGUGUAUAUACAGCAGCUACUUUUUGAUAACCAUCCUGCUCUCUUUGUAGUAUGAGGUCCUCUGAUUUUAAUUGAAAUGGUAUUUUUUAUUUGUUGUGGGAAGGGGUAACUCCAAACCUAGAAGACUGAGAUUAUAAAAUUAUUAACACAUUCCUUAAAUAAUGUAUACUCUUUAUGAAUAAAACUUGAGUUCAUAUUUUUGGGAAUUUUUAGGCAUUUGCAUCUCUUUUCUUUUUAAUUGAAAUUUAGAAGUUCACUUCAGUUCAAUGGUUAUCUUCCUUAAAAAGCAUUUAUUGUAGUUUAUUGUGCAUCAAAUUCUUCUUUGUCAUCAAGAAGCGAUAGAUUUUGUAUUUCUGUUUUUGAACAAGAAUAUGUAUGGAAAAGACAACUGAAUGUUCAAUAUUCAAGCAUUCCUUGGCAUUAAACAAUAAUAAAAUGAUAUUAAUUACUUCACUUUUAAAACCUAACAUUUUGUUUCAAAUCUAAUUGAUAUAUUGCUUUAUAAUUCAAUUUUUAUUUUAAACUAUCUUUAUAAAAGUGUACUUUCUCCCAUGGUAAGGGUUCUAAGUACUUCCAAUGAUACUUCCGGGCACACAUAAAUGAUUAAAAGUAUCUUCUUUAGCUAGUGUUAAAUGUUUUUGAAUUUCUUCAUGUUGAGAUGUCGCUCAUUUGCAGAUUGUCAUGUCACUUUGAAGAUUAAAAUUGCAUUGUGAUGUUUUGGUUUCUAGAUGUUUUAUAUGAGAAAUGUCCAUGCAUUUUGGAAACUACGAGAUUAUUUGUCAAAUGUUUUUAUAUUAUUAGAAUGUCAUAUGUUACAUAUUAAAUGAAGGGUUGUGUGGAUGUGAUUGUUAGAGCAGUAUAGUAAAGAUGAAUUUCCAUUUGAUUACCAGUUUUGUUACAUUAAAUCAAUGUUCAAUGAAAGUUUCCUACUCCCAGGAGUGUAGAGUUAGGGAGACAGGGUUCAAGUUCAUACCAAAAAUAUACUUUUCUUUUUCCUUAAAUGCUAUUGAGCUAAUGAAUAAUUUAUUUUAUUCUUUGUCAAUCAAGUUGUUAAAUUUUAUCCAAAGCCUCUACUUGUUUGAUUACUGUACCAUUUUGAUAAAAUUCCCCUCCCGUCCUAUCUAUAAAGUGUCUGGUGUAUCUGAUUGACAUGCAUUUUUGAGGUUCCUGGCAUUGUUGCCUUUCAAAGUGCAUUGCUUGUAUAUUGUGGGAAUUGUUAGAGGUUAAUGGUGCAAUUGUGAAUUUGCUUACCUCAUUUUAUGCUUAAAUGAAAACAUUUUUACCAUUAUUAAUACAAAUUAAUAAGAUUCUGCAACUUCGAUUAUUUUAUACAAAAGUCAUUACAGAAAACAGUGAGAAAUUCUGUUUUCUGAAAUCUUGUAAAAGAAUAUUUAUAUAGUUUUGACAAUAAAUCUGUGUUUAUUUUUAAUAAAACUAAUUCCUUAUUGAGGGAAUAAUGUAUUGGAUAAAAACUAACAUGCAAGUGUUCGGUUACCAAUUUCACAAAUAAGAUAAGUGAUGGAAGGUAUGGAGGCAUUUUCAAUCUUCAAAAUAAUGUUAUAAAAAUGCUAUAAAAGGUCCGAGGGAAUAAAAUACUUAUUAGAAAAUAGACACAAUUGAAAGUUAUUUACACAGUAUUAUCUUUAUUGCUAAAGAAUAAGAUAAUAUAUAUAUAGUAAUCUGAUUAAAAGUUAAAGAUCAAUACUUGCACAUAAUGCUAACAAUUGUAGCUUGUAAAAUGUUAAAUAUUAUCUUCUUUUUAUGUUAUAUUAUGUGAUACUGUACGAUACAGUAAAACCUGUCAAUGAUGGUACCACUAAAAUAAGGAAACUUGCUGUUCAAGGGAAAAAAAUCUCUGAAUGGAAAAACUGAAAUUGUGAAAAUUACCUAUGUAAGAUGAAAAUCUAUAAAGUGCUGACUUAAUGUUUUUUUUUUAAAUACGUCUGGCUGAGGAGGAAAUUUAUAUUUAAAUAUUUGUAAUUUUCGAGAAGGAAUGGGUGAAGAUAAUGGGAAGGAGUAGAUAGAAGGAAUACAUCCUUUGACAAGAGAUUGAACAAAGAUGAUCUUUUCUUCCUUCAGACUGGGGCCAUUUUGCAAUGCCUUUCAGGAAAGUCCUAACUCCCCAAGUAUUUGCCUUGGUCUGAGUGUGCCUUGUGAAACAUGCAAGUUUUUGAGUUGAAUCUAUUAAUUUAUGUUGCAAUUAUGUUGUGGUAGAAGAGAGUCUAUUUUUAUUAUAUUUGUUCAAUUCUGAAAUUGAAUUGAAAAGAAUGAUUUUAAGUUAUAUUGUGAAAUUUUGAUGACUAAAAGACAGAAACUUCCCCUUUUAAGAAUAUUUUUCAAGGAACCAUUUUGUUUCAUCUUAGACAGGUUUACUGUGCAGUCUUAUCUGAAUUGGAUGAUAAGAUACAAUGUCUAUGUAUGAUAUGGAAGAUUUGCAUUUAUGUAAUUAAAAUCUAAUAUCUUGUCUAUGCUGAGUAUCUAUCUAUCUUUAAAGAAAUUUUGGAGUAUGACUGAUAGAACUCUCUUUGUAAGACUUCGACAUUACUAUCUUAGCUACCUGUUGGUGAAGGUACUCAGAUAAUGAAAGUGUCUAGUUACCAUUGUUGAAUUGUGUCCUUACAGUUUGACAGUUUCAUUAUGUGUAGAUUGGAUGCCAUAGUACUGUAGUGAGAUUCAGGGCUGUUAGAUAUUACCCAUUAUAUUACCCAUAUAUUACCCAUUUUUUAGGUACUAAACUUUUCUUUGUCCCUGAAAAGUUCCAUGUCAAAAUCUUAUUUUACUAGAAUUCACGUGUUAUUUUAAAACACAAAAGAAUGGAAAGAAGAAAGCUCAGGGAGAGGCUUUAAAAUAACUGAUAUCAGAAAGGCUAUUAUAAGUACAAGAAGAAAUAUUAAAAAUGCUGAAAAAGGAAAGGGAGGAAGAAAUGCAAAUGGCAGAUUGCACCCUUAAAAUGGCAAAGAAGUUUCCCAUUCAAUUAUAAGGUAAUUAGUUUAUUGUAAUAAGUGAAUAUCAGUUAGACAUUCUGAUAGUACUGCUGAUUCCUAGUAUUUAUCAAUAUGAAGAAUUUCAGAUCAAACAAAUUAUCUUUUCCUAGUUUUAAAUUAUUUAUAUGUAGCUUUGUUAAAUUUCAAUUUUUAUGUGUUCUAUUCUUGACAUUUUGGUUCUUAUUUUUAAGUAAAACUUUCCGUAAGGGUCCUUCGAAUUUAUGUGAAAAAGUCUAACAGCCCUGAAGAAGAAAGAAAAAGAAAAAAAAAAAGCUUUAUUGCAAGCAUGCUGUUUGAAAAGUAAAUGAAAAUGAAAUCAACUGUGAAAGCAAUAUUUUUGAGUAUUUGAUUCAGUUUUAUAAGUACAUACUGGUAGAUAUUUUUUUCAUAUUCCUUAAAUGAAUAUCAUGCAAGUAAGAUUUUUUUCAUGGGCCUAAUUUGCUUGGAAAUUGAAAAUGCCUGGAAUGUAAUUAGUUUUCAUUGUAAUAACAUAAAGGAGGUAACUGCUUUUACUUCAGCUUCAAUGUGCUAAAAAUGCAAAGAAAAUAAAAGCAAUGCAGAAAAUGUUCAUUUUAAUUAAACUAUGUAUGUCAGGAAGUGUGUGAAGAUAUUUAUAAUGAAUUGUUACUCCUCAGGGUGUCCAAUCAACAGUUUUAUAAUUCAACAGGAGAAAUGUGUAAUUAGAGGAUAUGCAGUUGUAAGAAUUUAAGAAAAGUUUGCUUCUGCAAAGGUUUUACAAACUACUUUUUGUUUGUGUUUGACUUUUAUAUUCUUUUAAAUAUUAUAUUAUCAGAAAGCAUAAGAACAUUAUCAAAUGUGUUCAUGUAUGUAAAUGAUUGUGCAAUUUUUCUCUUGCAUUUCCUUUGAUGCUCAUAAUUGGUCUUGAAUUGUUUAAUUUAUGAAUGGAGGGGAUUCUUGUGGACUUACAUUAAUUACUCUGGCUGAGAAAAAGAUAUUCAGUGAAGAUGAAACUUUAGAAUUUUUAGUUUAGCUCAACACUCAAGUGCUUCAGAUGAAAAAAUUAUUGUAAUUUUGACUCAGAAUUUAUUAUACAUUUUCUACUUCCUUUGAAAAACAACAACAAAAAGCAAUUGUGGUUGCUUGUUGUUCAAGGAGAAAAAGUGUUUCUUUGCUUUAGAAUUGUGGAACUUGUACAAAUUGCAUGUAGCAAACAAUAGGGAUUAUUUACCUCUAUUGUAAAUUCCUGUUGAAUUGCAUUGGGUACUGAUUUGGAUUAUCUACACUGCCUUUCUUAGUACAUGGUGUGUGAACAAUUUGGUAGUGUGCCUACUACUGAUGCAUCAGUUAAACAUGAAAAGAUAACUCUGAUAAUAGAAAGUUCAAGGUUCUUCAGGAAAAUUUAGAAGUAAAACUAGAAAAAUGCAAUCAAGGUUAACCUCAUUGUAUGCAGAUAUGACUGCUGCAUGAAUAUUUGCUCAUUUUCAUCUAGUGUAUCAUUCUGUGAAGUUGUAAUUCAUGUAGAAAUAUUGCUUAUGAUAUUGUUGAUGCUCAGCAUGGACUUUAGUGAUUACCAGCUCUGUGAGAUUAUAAGAUAUUGUUAUAAUGAAAACAUUGUGCAACUUCAUUCAUAUUUUAAAUAUUUAUUUUAUUUCAUUUUAAUAUUUUUACAAGAUGAAAAAAAUCAAUUUAUAGACUAUCGUUUUCCGCAGAAAUUUUGUUUAGAGGAAAUUUGAUGUCUCUAAUUUUCUGAAUUAUGUAGUUAAUUAACCAAAUGCACUAUUUAAGUGUUUGUGCUUUGCUACAUUGUAUUGCAGUCAAUUUUGUUUUGUGAUUUGCCUUUUGAAUAGAAAUUGAUUACUGACUUAUCUGUUACAUGUCUUAGUGUUUCAGCCAAGGAGGCCUGAUGUUUUUGAAAAUUUCUGGUUUCCAUUUAAUUUAAUUAAGCUAUUUGGUUGAUAAGAAAUGUUUUACCUCAAUAACACAGGUCAAAUUAAUUUUUUUGGCAGCGGCGAUGGUCGAACUGUUAGCGUAUUGCACUGUUAUACCCAAGUUGGCGGGUUCAAACCAGAUUGAAGCCGUGAAUUUUUAAGGGCAAAAAAUCCUUUGUACGCCUUCCUUUGGAGGGAAAGUAAAGCCGGCUGUCCCAUGUUGAUAGAUUAAUUGCAUGUAAAAGAUCCUCAAGCCUAAAUGAUGCCUCUGAGCUAAAUUCAAAGCGCCUGUUUCGUCGCCCAAGAAAUACCUCCUUUCUUCGCUAGUGGGUGAAAGGAGAGUAGUGAAAAUUGCGUGGUCAGACGGAAGAGGCAGAGUCUCGCCACGUAAACUAAAGCAUCAAUUCAAUUCAAUUUUUUAUCUGUCCAAAAAUUUAGUGUCAAAAUUAAUUGAAUUUUUCUCAGUGAAUCAAAUUGGUUGAAAUAAAUUAAAAUGAAAUGAAAUGGAGAUUUUACGACCAAUAAUUAGUAGCUAUUGUCUACGAAGAUGGGUACAUAUUUUCCUUCUUGCCAACUUUUAACAAUUUACUAUACACCAAUUUAAAAUUCAAAACUUUUUAUCGAGGAAAAUUUAAAGUAAAUUAUGUUGAACUGAUGCGUAGAGUUUUGGAGACCCUUCAUGUCAUUUUUCUAUUGGAAAAAGAAAAAUUGAAUUUCAAAUGGAAAAAUUAUAAAUGUCAAAAGUUUUUGUUUUAAAAAUAUUUCAUCAUCAGCAAUUUGUCAUCAGCAAUCUUUCAUCAUCAGUGAAUUUAAGUUAAUCCAAAUUAUUCCUGAAUUUGCAAAUUGUUUCUUCUUUGGUACAAAUCAAACUUUAAGAAACGAAAUUAUUUUAUGAAGACAUUUCUGCCAAAGGUCAGAAAUAUUACAAAACAAACUUGCCUAAUAUUGCUGGAUGCUCAAAUUAGAUGCCAACAGAAGAAGAAUUUUUCUGGUCAAUGAUGUUCACUUCGUAAUGGGAUGAAAGGGAAGUUUUGAGUUUUCUCGUGUGUAUAUUGUCAGCAUUAUGUUUGUAUUAUGGUGUCUGUAGAUAAAUGAGUAUAGUGCUAGUGAAUUCACAUUUUACUUCUGAGAUGUAUCAUCAGAGAAACUUAACUCACUAAUUGUGAAUUCUGUGGUUUGAAUUGUUGACUGAUCACAUAUCUGCUAGAACUGUAAUGAAACAUUCAUGUGUAUUUUUAUAACACUACUCCUGCAAUAGAAUUGUCAGUAAUCAAAAUAUUUUUAACCUGAUAAUUGUAGGAAUUUUUGUUGAGAAACCAUGGUUUCUCUACUUUUAUUGGAUGUGCAUUUAUUUUGUACCUAGUCAUAUUAUUUCUUGGAUACUCUCUCAAACUCAUAUUUUAUUGUAAAUUCUCCCAAUGAGAAUUUUAUUACAAAAUUCAUGACAGCUAAUGCUUUUGAACUUUAAUUUUAUUUCUUAUUAUGUUAUGUUUUUUUUAUAUUAAAUAUGAAAAUAAAAUUUACAUUUAUACAUUGAU